GAAAGAAUCGUUUUGGAAAACGACGAUUGGGUCGUCUUGGUUCCCUAUUGGGCCUUUUGGCCCUACGAAACAAUUGUGUUGCCAAAGAAGCCGGAAAGGAACAGUUGCAUAAAAAGGUUGACUGAUUUAAAAGAAGAUGAAGAAACUUCGUUGGCUGAUGCGAUGAAGCGUUUGACUGCGAAAUAUGACAAUUUAUUCAAGUGCUCGUUUCCUUAUUCAAUGGGCUUCCACGGUGCCCCGACUGGAUCAAGACUAAAUUCUGACAAUGAUCACUGGACCCUUCACGCCGUCUAUUAUCCUCCUUUGCUUCGUUCAGCGACUGUCAAAAAAUUUGUGGCU